AUGGCUGUCGCCGGCUCCUCGUCGCCGGCCCAGCUUCCCGCCUCCAUGGAAAGAAACGGAGAGGCAGUUGACGCACGGGAACCGCGACAGGAGGCGAGCGAUGAUACCCAACACAGGGAGGAGGGAGACGACGAGGGCGGCCUGGUAGCCCGUUUAGCAAGCGGGGCUUCCGUGGCCACGCUUCCCCGGUCAGCGACGAGGGAAAGCGGCAGUCCCUCCGCUACUGCAGGCCCCCAGGCCCAGGAGAACCCCCCCACGGAGCAGCAAACAGACGCGCCGCCUCAGAGUGCGAAUCUGAACGGCGAAGCGCGCUGCGGAGCCGCCGCCGACCCCACCGCUGGGAGUUGCACAGACACUAGCGCCAGGCGGACGCCCGGGCAGAGCUGGACCGGGCGAGUGGCCAAAAUCUCGUCCGGGAAGUCUUGGGCUCACAAGCAGGUCCGCAUCGUGAGCAAGAGCAAGCGGCCAGGCAGCAGAGGCUCUGUAUCCGAGGCAGGGAGCAGAAAAGGCAGAAGCCGCGCCGGUGCGGCGUCUCACCGAAAGGCAGGCUCCCGCUCGGAGCCCAGGAGGGCUUCCCUGUUGACCGCGUGUCUCUCAAGACCUCUCCCAUCUACCGCUGGCACCGGCGAGAAAGUCGCGGGAUUCCAUGUUGAAGACAUCAGAGAAGUCCUCAAAUUUCUCCAGGGAAAAGCGAGUGAACCGACGUUCCUAUUGACGGAACCGUCAGAGAAGACGCUGCUCUGUGCUCUCUCAGAUCCCCUUGUUCUUCUGUCCUUUUAUCUGCACCUGGAGCAGAUUCGCAUCGGCCGCGUCCUCGCCCAGCGGGGGCACAAGGCCCCCAACGCAGACGUCGUGAACGCUCAGCACUUCGGAUUGGUUUCGGGAGACCAGCUGCUCUUGCUCGACGUCCUUAACACCUUCUUCUACUCCCGCCAGUAUAUUCCCAAGCCUCGUCUCCAAGAGUUCACGCAUCGGCUCGUAGAUCCUUGCCUGCUUGUUUUGCAACCUGCCGGUCUGAUCUCGCCUGCGCUUCUUCCUGCGAAUUUGUCCCUUUCUGGUUCGCUGGGCGCGGCGGGGGACACCAACACGCACCUGUUCCUCUCGUCUUACCACCGCUAUGUCCACAACUUUGAGAGCAACAGCCUGCCCUUCGGACUCGGCGUGGAGGAAAGGGACCGACUCGCCGCCGGCGACCGGAGCCGAGUCAGCGGCGACCCUGGCCUGGCCGUGAUCGACGAAAACUCGGAGGCGAAGGGAGUCUUGGAGCCGAUGCCGUCUCCGGGGCUCUGGAGAGCUCGAGACGCAGCAGACAGCAGCGCGGGAGAGGCCGCGAUCGAAAAGGAAGGAGAGGGAAGGAGAGAGGGCGACAAGACCGACGCGAAGUCGUUGCUGGCGCCCGCGUGGAAAAAUGAACGAAACGAAGACGGACGAGGAACCUCGCGCGUCUCCUCGAUCUUCCUGACCGGCAGCAGCAUGCAAGACAGCUCGGUCCGCAUGCAAAUCGAAGAAGCGGCUCAAUGCUCGGCUCAAAUCAAAGUUCUUCUGACCGGCUCCGAGGGACGCGAGAUGGAGGUGGCGAGGACCACGUUCCUCAGGACUUGCAUGAAGCUGCUGAUCGAGCAACUUCUGCCGCCCUGGACGUUCUUUGUGGAGCGAGUCCUGCCAGCCAUCCUUCGAGACAUUCACGACCCAAACGUGAUUGUUCAAAAAGUCGUUAUGGACAAGCUGUGGCGUCUGCGCAAGGACUUGGAAGCGGCCACAGGCACGCCCUGCGGCUUCACCCCGGCGUCGAACCCGAGCACGCAAGUUGCAGGCGUGGCGAACCUCGGCGAGUGUGGAGGCGACUUGGGCGAGCCCACAGGCGACCGAACGUGUGCGUCCGCUGCGCCGUCGCGCUUGGCGUUGUCUGCCGACUCCCUGUCUGUAUCUCUCCGCGCCACAGAUCUGUCUCCUGUCGACGGCAGGGACGGGAACCGGGAACCGUCGCGGGGGCUUUCCAGCGACAUCUCCGAGCGGGAGGAAGACCGCCCACGAAGAGUGACGCUGGACGACAGAAGAGAAGGCCGGGAGGGCCGAAGCGGGGACUCCCGGCUCGCUUCACCAAGUGAACGCAGGGGCGGGUCCGGGGCCGCGGCUGCUCCAGACCAUUCGGAAGCGCCUGAUGAGCCGACGGAGACGGCGAAACGCAUGCACGUCUCUCUCUCGCGUCCAGCGUCUGUGUCCUCGUGCUCCAGUCCGUCUCACGCCGCGACGAUAUCGCCUUCGAAACGCGGGGAAGCAGGCCCAGACGCCGGCGAGGGCAGCGAGGCGGCGUCGCUCGAAGAGCCCCAGUCGCUGGCCGGCUCGUUGCACCCGCGGGACUCCUUGCCGGCGUCCGGGCCAGACGAGACGUACAGACAGAUGCGCUCCACGUCGUCAACUGCGUCGAACUUCUCCAUCUCGCGACUCGUCCCGCAGCUGGCCUCGGGCCGGUCGUCCCGCCGUCGCGGCGGGCCAUCGCCCUCGCGGGCCUCGCCGCUCGACAUGUGCAGCUCUCCAGCGCGUCUCUCCCCCGUCGGCCAGGCCGCAGAGGCGCUCGAAGACUUCGCCUUGACGAACCUGUCGUCGAGGCCGUCGCCUUCUCGAGGGAGCAAGAGCAUCCCGAUGAGUCUGCGCCUCGUGAAGCGGAAUGCACUCACACAGACGCAACGUCCCGGGCGCGUUCGGGGGAAAGGCGAGGAAGAGCCUUCCGACGUGGGCGGAAACGCGGUGCGAGAGGACAGUCCGUUCUACGCGUUGACCUUCGCGAUGAUGCUCGGCCUGCAGAUGAGCAGCGAACUGAGUGCAUGCCUCGUCAUGCUUCGGCAUAAACUCGGGAGCUCAGUGGAUCUCGAGUUCCUCCUGGACGAACCGUUGCUGCUGCCUGUUCGCCAGUUCCACUUUUGCUGUUACCCGCAACUCCCUCGGCCCUUUUUUUGUGUCUUCGAAGACAUCGCCCCCGACACUUUCGAGUGCGCUCGGGAGCUGGCUGGAGUCACAGAACAGGAUUACCGGAGCAGCAUGUGUCGAACUGACUUUUCGUUCAUUGAGUUCGAGAGCAACAGCAAGAGCGGACAGUUUUUUCUCUUUUCUCACGACGGGAAAUACCUCAUCAAAACGAUCAGUUUGAGAGAGGUCAAACAAGUCCUCAAGAUUCUUCCGGCGUACAUUGAUCAUCUGUUGUCGAAUCCGAACUCGCUCCUGACGCGCCUGUUCGGCUUGCACCGCGUCGAGAUCUACAAGCGCUACGACUUGGUGGACGACGACGAGCUUCGGUCCAGCACACAGUUCGAGGACAGCGCGGGAGAGGAGUCUGGCUAUGUGAGCCCAGAAGCCGGCAGCGUGUUGACCUCCCCUCGGGAGUUCUCUCCCGGCGACGUCGAGUCGCACGCACGCGAGGAGGGACGGCCUGGCGGAGACAGCGCGCUCCCUGCCGAGCCAGGCGCCCAGCGCAGCGACGAAGGCCACUCGCAUGCAGAGGCCGCCCCCGAGAACGCAGCGCCGACGACUUCCGAAGAGGCGCCGAGCAAUCCGAACCGGCUGACGGGCGCUUCGCCGCCUUCGCCCGGGCCUGCUCAGCACCUUUUCGGAUCUCUCGAAUCCGCUGGCAGCGCGCAUGCAGAGACGCCCGCGCAGGAGGAAGCGGGACCGGGCUUUUCGGGCAAGGCCGAGCGGCAGUCGCUGUUCAAAGACGCCAAAAGAUCUCUCAAGAACAUGCGCGACACAGUCCGCACGUCGCUCCGGCCUGUGGCCGCGACUCAGGGAGACGCCGUCUCGGUCUCGGACUACGCCUUUACGCUGCCAAGAAGUGUCAGGUACUCCCCGGAACACGCGACGCACGGAGAAGACCAUACGUUUCUUUCCGGAAAGAACGCGCCGAAAGACGCCCACGGAGCAAGCCACGGGGAAUCGGAAGCGAGUCGGUUUCGAGGGAUGACAGAAGAGGGACAAGGAGGGAUCAAAGGGGAGACAGACGCCGAGAAAGCAAAGCGCAAACGCGACGGAGACUGUCGCCGGGGACGCCUGCCUUUUUUGCAAGGAUCCAAAAAGAAAUCCGAUUCCCACAAAGCUCUUCGGCAUGCAAAGUCGCGCACCUACGCCGUCCGCGACGAUGCAAAGAAGCAGAGCGUCACAUGCGCGUACUUCGCUGUGAUCGGAACGGCGUUUGAUCCCUUUCUGGGGCUUCACGAGGCCUACGACUUGAAAGGGAGUACUGUGAGUCGCCGUGCGAAGCCUGACGAUCGCGUCAAGAAAGAUGUUGACUGGUUGGAGGCCGGCCGGCGCCUUGACCUGAGAGACGAGGAGGCGCAGACGAUUCUCCGCGCCCACCGCCUGGACUGCGAAUUUCUCGAGACAAUUUCCGUCUUCGACUACUCGCUGCUUGUUGGCGUCCACAGAUGCAAGCGAGGCGUUCUCAGUCGAGCAGGCUCCCAAGCUGCGUCCGCCGUGGAGGGACAGCCGGCGCGCACUCCGCCCUCGGCCAUGAAAAGCUCCAUGGGGCCUCUCCGCCAAUACACGAAGAUCCAGCAACACUCUCUCUUGACCCCAUCGCAGUCGCUCCUCAGUCAGCCGUCGGCACACCCGCUCUCGGCAGAUCCCGCCCCCCUGUUGCCGCUGCUUUCUGCCGGAGGGUUCGCGGGGCUCGGCGUCCAGGCCUCCGAUGGAAAACCCAUCCCAAAGAAACCGUCUGCGCAACGCAGCCUGUCGAGUGCCUCGUCGGCGGAGCCUGACACGAUUUCCGUCUGCCUCGCGUCUUCGUCGAGCACCGUUGAUGAACGCAGAAGCUCGACAUUGGCCGGAGGUGCGCCGGCGGCUGCACAAGGAAAGUGCUUUGAGACCUCGACCGCGGGAAACGGCGAACCCGAGAACCCCGCCUCUCUGGCCUGGCUUCCCUCUUCUGCUGCCCCGACUCUGGACUCGCGCCCGCCUGCUGUGUCGCCUGGAGCCUAUUCCGUCGCGCCGAGGCGCUGUUCCUCUUCUGGCGUCGAAGCCGCCCCGACUCGCCCCUGUCUCCGUCUCGCGGCUAACCACGCCGCGGAACGCCCCACGUUUUCCGGGGCUUCCGGCUGCGCUCCCCAGGGCCCGUCUGGCCUCGCCAGAGGCGGCUCUGAGCUCGAAGACGACACAGGCAGUCUCGCAGAGACUGCGUGUCCGCUUCAGAGGGCGGACAGCAUCGCAGCCUCGAGCGCCUCGUCCUUCCCGCCUCCCCGCUGUUACUCCGCGCACGUGUCGAUGCCUUGUCCCUUGCCUUCGCCGCGCCGGCGGCGCGUCACAAUGAAGCAGUUGACGAGGGACGAAAGCCGCGUCGGAAGAGAGAGUCCGGGAUGCAGCAACUUGGGCUGCAUGAAGGAUGCCGAAAAGGACAGGAAGCGGGAAGGAAGCGAAGACGGACAGACGGUGAGGUCCGUAUCGCAGUCGGUCUCCUGGCCCGACGAUCGCGCCGACAAAACGCGAGAAAACGACGAGCUUUCCAUCUCCCGAUCGAGACCGGAGAAACACGCGGAACCAGAUGAUACCGCUUCACCUGCAACUUCCCGCCUGCCCUACACAGAGACUGCAUACACCUUUCUCGACAAAAGCUGGAUGGGAACCGCCUUCAUGUCGCUGCCUUCCCCGGAUAGCGGCUUCGGAGUCAAGGUCAUGAACGCGGACAUGACGGAAAUCUACUACUUGGGAAUCAUUGAUUUUCUCACCCCCUACGACUGGAGACGCUAUGGCCACACAGUCUACAAGCGGGUGAAAAGCUCCUUUAAGUGUGAGUUUGGUGAGAUUUCGCCAAUGCCUCCAGCGUAUUAUUCUCGGCGGCAGCAGGCGUUUCUUCGCGAUCACGUCGUUCAGGUCGUGCACCGCGAAAACUCUUCACCGGAGGCGCCGACGACGAUCGAGCGGGUGAAUUUGCGCAUGCCUCGUCGAACGCUCAUUCGCCUGUUGAAGUCCCGCGAGCGGGAAUUCAAAGGCAAAGGCGCCUUCGACUACGAAAAGGAGGGCCGCCUGGACGACGCUGUCGCGGCUGCAGAAGCCGGCGGCUUUUGUGCGCAGGGACAGGAGAGCGACAGGUGGCGGCGAUUGUCGACGCGCAGACGCCGCGACUCGCAACACCGAGGCGGGAGAAGGCAAAAGAAAGAGGCGCAGCGCGAAGCGUCUUCUCCGUGUGGGGUGAACGAGGCCGCCGAGGCGACACACGGCGGUGAGACGCGAGUGCAGGCACCGGGUGCAAAGGAAGACGCACAUCCUCCCGAGGCUGACGAGAGGCGAAAGAAAGAGUGCAGACGCUCGACUUUCUACAACCUCUACAAUUUAGUCAAGUUGUAG